UAGCCAUUUAGCCAGCACGCUAGAGAGGAUUGCGGGAAGACGGACAGUGAGGGGUUCAUUCACAGGCUUCUCGACGUUUCUUCUCCCCGUUCCUUUUUUCCGCACAAUAUAUUUAUCGAUAAUACGGCGUUGUUUAGUGCUACGGUCGUUUGAAACGGAGCAAAAGCGACCCGAGAGGGGAUUUGUUGUGCGGUUUUAUCGGCGGUCUCAUCUGAACGGCAGGCACGCUGAUGGCGGUCACUAUCGAGGAUCUCUACCGCAGCUACGGGGUCCUUGCUGAUGCUAAGGACAACCUCAGCCAGCACAAAGAUGCCUACCAAGUAAUCCUGGAUGGCGUGAAGGGUGGCCCGAAGGAGAAACGGCUGGCGGCACAGUUUAUUCCCAAGUUCUUCAGCAGCUUCCCAGAAUUGGCAGAUGCAGCCAUUAACGCCCAGCUUGAUCUCUGUGAAGAUGAUGACGUGUCUAUUCGACGACAUGCCAUCAAGGAGCUCCCGCGGUUUGCAACUGGGGAGAACAUCGUCAGGGUUGCAGAUAUUCUCACCCAGCUCCUCCAGACAGAUGACACGGCAGAGUUCAACCAAGUGAAUGCAGCACUUAUCUCUAUCUUCAAGAUAGAUGCUAAAGGUACUCUCGGAGGCCUCUUCUCUCAGAUCUUGCAGGGAGAAGACAUCGUGCGGGAAAGGGCCAUCAAGUUUCUGUCAACCAAACUGAAGACCUUGACAGAAGAUGUUAUGACCAAGGAGGUGGAGGAGUACGUCUUUGCAGAGACAAAGAAGGUGCUGGAGGAUGUGACUGGAGAGGAGUUUGUGCUGCUGAUGCGUGUCGUGUCAGGCCUGCGGGUGCUGCAGACAGUGAACGGGCGGCAACAGCUGGUUGAGCUGGUGGUGGAGCAGGCAUUCCUGGAGCAGGCCCUCAACCCAGCUGACCCUGACACUGUAGACCGCCUACUUCAGUGCACGCGCCAGGCCCUGCCCCUUUUCUCUAAAAAUGUCCAUUCCACACGUUUUGUCACCUACUUCUGUGAACACGUCCUGCCCAACCUCAGCACCUUGGCGAGUCCUGUGGCUGAGCUGGACAUUCAGUUGGAGGUGCUGAAGCUGCUGGCUGAGAUGAGUCCGUUCUGUGGAGACAUGGAUAAGCUGGAGGCCAACCUCAACAUGCUGUUUACCAAGCUGCUGGAGUUCAUGCCUUUGCCUCCAGAAGAGGUGGAGAACGGAGAGAACUCAGCGAGCGAGGAGCCCAAACUGCAGUUCAGCUACGUGGAGUGUCUCCUCUUCGGCUUCCACCAGCUGGGCAAGAAGCUGCCAGACUUCCUCCUCGACAAAGUGGACGCCGAGCGCCUCAAAGACUUCAAGAUCAGGUUACAAUAUUUUGCCAGAGGCCUGCAGGUUUACAUCAGACAGCUGCGAGUAGCACUGCAAGGCAAGACGGGAGACGCUCUGAAGACAGAUGAGAACAAGAUCAAAGUGGUGGCCCUCAAGAUCACAAACAAUAUCAAUGUCCUCAUCAAGGAUCUGUUCCACAACCCUCCAUCAUUCAAGAGCACAGUCACUCUGUCCUGGAAACCCGUCCAGAAGGCAGAGGCAGUAGCCCCUAAGCGUCCUUCAACUGAGGAGAUGGGCGCCGGCGCCGGCACAAAAAAACAGAUUUCUCCGCAGCCCCGGAGGGACGCGCGGCAAAUCUACAAUCCUCCCAGCGGCAAGUACAGCGCCUCCAUUGGCAAUUUUAACUAUGAGCAGCGCGGCGGCUUCAGGGGAGGCCGGGGACGAGGUUUCGGAGCCAGAGGCAACAGGAGCCGAGGCCGAAUCUACUGAGACACACACACACACACAUGCACUCAGUACAUAUUUGUCAUUGAACUGCAUCACAUCAGGAUCUUUGCCGUGCCCGGACGGACUACUUACCACCUGCUCUUUUUUUUUUUUUUUUUUUUUAAAACUGGUUUCCACGUCUUUUUCACU